AGUUGGUGAAUUUUACCCCAGAAACAGGAGAUCACUUCGUAAAUAAACAGGUUCACAAAGCUGGUUAAGAUCACCACGUCAUGGAGAACGUCACAGAUGUGAUCAGCAAAUCGCCCUAUGGCCCAAAAUUGGCAAUUGGCACAAAAAAUUGGGGUGUUGUGGUAAACACUAACUUGGCUGCAGGAAUUCUCCUGUCCACCUCUCUGCUGGGCCUGGUUACCUACAUCGGUGCCUUCUGGUUCCAACGAGGUGCCCUAAGCCUCCUUAAAAAUAGCUUCAUCAUGUCCUUUUCAUGUGAGCACAUGAACCUCAGAGGUGCUCAGAACACCCACAUCUCUCUUUUCGUUCUGCUUUUCAUCGAUGUUCUAAAUGUCAUCGGAGCAAUGACCUUCGGAAGUCAACUGGCUGCAGCUACCUGUUCUGGAAACCCAUGUGUGUACACCGAAUACCUGUGGAUGUUUUCAAGACGGUAUUUAGUGAUGAUACAUCUCCUGACUGCCCUCAUAUCACUCCUAUACCUGUAUCGCCCACACCUGGGAGCCACACUACGCUGUGUUUUCUCUGUGGUUUCUUUACUGAUUUGUGUUUUACACUACAGUUCUGUGCUCUACACCAUUGAGGCAGAUUACCUACUAGAAAUCCUCAUCUGUGGUUUGGCUGUGGCCAUUGUUUCAACAGCUAUUUUAAGCUUUGCUGCCACAGGGGGAAAAAUAGUAAAGAUAGGCAUCACAGUUAUCUCAAUGGUCACGUUCUUUGCUGUCUACUUCCCCAGUUUUGUUCUUAGGUACCUAGUCUACAGUAGGCCCACCUCUGGGCAGCCAGGAGCUGACUAUAAUACAAUUUUUGUAAAUGUUUAUUAUUUCACAAAUUUUAACGUCUUUCUCGAUGGACUCCUGUGUUGCUUAAUCCUGAAAUUUUCUGAUGGAGAAAAAGAAGAUGAACUACAGCAACUGGAACUACAACCACCAUGGCGGCAGCAGCAGCCACGGCCACUUCAACAUGGUUUAGACUAUCCAAGGGUUCAUGUUAAUACAAAUGCAGUUAACCCUUAUAACAGGCAAAGCUGGAAUUAAGUCUCUGCAUCAUGAAGGUUGACGUGAUUUAUCAUCAAUAAUAAGCAUGACCUGAUCACAGUUCUGACCUUUGAUAUUUGUCUUUCAGUUGUUUAGAACUGUGGACAUUUUUUUAAAAAAAUGAUUUGAUUUUGAUGAAUGAAAAUGGGAUUUGCUACAGGUUGAUUUGUAACAGUUGUUAGUAGAUGGUUGUACUUCCUAAAACUGCAUGUAAUUAGGAUGAAAUCAAAGAUGAAGAUCAGCAUCACAUUGUCACUGUGAUAUAAAUCAUAACCAGUAUAAGAGCAAGAAGAAAUAUGUAAACAUCUCUAUAUUCACAUAGUGGUCUAUAAAUUAAAUGGAUGUUGUGAGAAGUAUCAGUGAUUAUGUACACAUUGUAAUAUAAAUAAUAUUGUAAAUAAUAUCACAUGAAACUAUUUAAUGACAAUUUUUAAACUUUUUUUUCAUUUCACUUCAUUUUAAAUUAUAUUUUAAAACUAUUAUACAAAUCUCCGCAACAGAUUUUAACUCAACUUUAAUAAAUAAUGUUCUUUUCUGUCAUGAUUGAUUUUAGACCGUUUUUGAUUAUCCACGCAAAGCUGACACCUCAAGCAUUUGACUCCUUCAUAGAGAAUAGUAAAUCACGAGUUCGGUAGCAUUACAGUUACAUAGAAAUACUUUUAUCUGACACGUGCUCUUGUCCUUGGAUGUUUAACCAUUUCCCCGUUUAUUUCACCCUGGAAGUGAGAAA